AUGUUCGUCAAAUCCGAGACCUUGGAGUUGAAGGAAGAAGAGGACGUACUGCUGCUGCUCGGCUCGGCUUCCCCUGCCUCAGCGGCUCUGACCCCGCUGACGUCCAGCGCCGAAGAGGAGGAGGAAGAGGAGGAGUUGGGUUCGUCUGGCGGGACGCGGCGGCAGCGCGGGGCCGAAGCCGGCCCGGGGGCGAGGAGCGGCUCAGCGGCAGGCACUGAAGUCUGCCGGCCAGCGCGGCUGCUGGGCCUGACACACGAGUGCAAGCGGCGACCCUCUCGGGCCCGUUCUGUCUCUCGAGGUGCCAAGACGGCCGAGACAGUACAGCGUAUCAAGAAAACCCGCAGGUUGAAGGCUAACAAUCGCGAGCGCAACCGCAUGCACAACCUCAACGCAGCACUGGACGCGCUGCGCGAGGUGCUUCCCACGUUUCCGGAGGACGCUAAGCUCACCAAGAUCGAGACUCUGCGCUUCGCCCACAACUAUAUCUGGGCACUCACCGAGACCUUACGCCUGGCGGAUCACUGCGGGGGCGGCGGCGGGGUCCUUCCUGGGGCGCUAUUCUCUGACGCCGUGUUGCUGAGCCCUGGAGGCGCUAGCGCCACCCUGAGCAGCUGUGGAGACAGUCCGUCGCCCGCCUCUACGUGGAGUUGUAGCAACAGCCCCGCGCCUUCCUCCGCCGCGUCGUCUAACUCCACCUCCCCCUACAGUUGCACUUUAUCACCCGCCAGUCCAGCGGGAUCAGACAUGGACUAUUGGCAACCCCCACCUCCCGACAAGCACCGCUACGCACCGCACCUCCCUUUAGCCAGGGAUUGCAUCUAG